GAACUAAGAGAAUCGGUUAAACUGUCAUCAUUUGGACAUUUUCUUCAAUAGUAAAUCAGAAUCAAUAUUUAGCUUUCUCUUUCUCUGUUUCCUGCACAUAGCAAUAACGCUAAAAAACAAAGGAAGUGAGAGAAGACAGGAGGAGAUAUAGGGAGGGAGCGCGCAAAUCAAGAUAUAAAAAGACACCUUCAUUUUUUUUUUCUCUUUUCUGUGUGAAUUGUGACUAAAAAAAGAGGGGAAGGAGGAGGAGGAGGAGAGGGGAAGGAUAGGGUCGUGCGUGUCAACGAGAGGAGGUGCCUCCUCCGCUGCUGCGGCUAGGAGGAGGCUCCCGGCUCAGCACCUAAGCAGAAGCCUAACGUCUUCUGCACGUACUCGGGUUGACCUCGUCCGACAGACGCGCGAUCUCCUUCUCUACGCCCAUCCCUCCAACUCCUCUUUGCCUGAUUCCAAACGCCAUGAAAAGAUGGCGGAGCUAAGCAGGAACAUAAGAGAUAUGAAGUUCAUUCUCUAUGGAAACAGCGAGGCCGAGCCUGUGGCUGAAGCUUGUUCACAACUCACUCAAGAGUUCUUUAGAGAGGAUACUCUACGCCUCUUGAUUACAUGUCUUCCUAAUCUCGACUUGGAGACCAGGAAAGAUGCUACACAAGUUGUUGCAAAUCUCCAGAGGCAACAAGUCAAUUUUAAGUUGAUUGCUUCUGAUUAUCUUGAAGCCAAUCUUGAUCUCAUGGAUGUUUUGAUAAAAGGCUUUGAGAACACAGACAUGGCUUUACACUAUGGUGCUAUGUUUAGGGAAUGCAUCCGCCAUCAGAUUGUUGCCAAAUAUGUUUUGGAGUCUGAACAUGUGAAGAAGUUCUUUGAUUACAUACAGCUACCUAACUUUGACAUUGCUGCCGAUGCAGCUGCAACUUUUAAGGAACUGCUAACUAGGCAUAAGUCUACUGUUGCCGAAUUCCUCACCAAGAAUGAAGACUGGUUUUUCGCGGAAUACAGCUCAAAGCUUCUUGAAUCAGUUAAUUAUGUAACCAGACGGCAAGCUAUUAAGUUGUUGGGUGAUAUAUUACUGGAUCGAUCAAAUUCAGCUGUGAUGACGAAACAUGUGAACUCAGUGGAUUACUUAAUGAUUCUCAUGAAUCUUCUGAUAGAGCCAAGCAAGAUUAUCCAAAUCGAAGCAUUCCACGUUUUCAAGCUGUUUGUGGCGAACCAAAACAAGCCUGCGGAGAUAGUUAACAUUCUGGUGACUAACAGAAGCAAGAUUCUUAGAUUGUUGGCUGAUUUGAAACCAGACAAAGAGGACGAGAGAUUUGAAGCAGACAAAAGUCAGGUCUUGAGAGAAAUUGCAACCCUCGAGCUGCAAGAUCUUGCUUGAACCAACCAACAUAAACCGUCAUUCCUUCCCUUUUGUAAAGAUUCGAAAGACAUUUUUGAAG